AUGUCCAACGGAACCACCGUGACCGAGUUCCUGCUCCGGGGGUUCUCCGAUGUCCGGGCGCUGCAGGUUUUGCACUUUGUGGUGUUUCUGAUGCUUUACCUGGCAGCCCUGAUGGGGAACCUUCUCAUCAUCUCAGCUAUCGUCCUCAACCGCCGUCUGCACACCCCCAUGUACUUCUUCCUGGGGAACCUGUCCAUCCUGGACCUCGGCUCCAUCUCCGCCACCGUCCCCAAAUCCAUGGUCAUUUCCCUCCUGAACACCAGGUCGAUUUCCUACCCAGCCUGUGUCACCCAAGUCUCUCUCUUUGUCGUCUUCGCUUCAACUGAUCUUGCUUUACUGACCAUCAUGUCUUACGACCGGUACGUGGCUAUCUGCCUCCCGCUGCACUAUGAGCGAGUGAUGAACAGGAGAGCCUGUGUCCACAUGGCCACCGGUGCCUGGAUCGCUGGUAUUGUCUACUCUGCCCUGCACACCAGUAGCACCUUCAUGCUACCCUUCUGCCAGUCCAACGUCAUCGACCAGUUCUUCUGUGAUAUCCCCCAGCUCCUCAAGCUGGCCUGCUCCGACUCCUACCGCAUUGAAAUUGGGGUUAUUGCCUUGAGUGUAUUUUUAGUUGUGAAUUGCUUUGCCUUUAUCCUUGUGUCGUAUGUUCAGAUCUUCAGAGCGGUGCUGAGAAUCCCCUCGGAGCAGGGCCGGCACAAAGCCUUCUCCACCUGCCUCCCCCACCUCGCUGUGGUCUCCUUGUUACUUUUCACGGCUGCGUUUGCCUACCUGAAACCCCCCUCCAGCUCGGAUUCUAAUCUGGAUCUCGUGGUGGGUGUUCUCUACGCCGUGGUGCCUCCCAUGGUGAAUCCGGUCGUCUACAGCCUGAGGAACCAGGAGAUCAAAGCUGCAAUGAAGAAGAUGAUGGGGUGUAGAUUUAGCUCCAUGAAGUGA